UGCAGGUGAAGGUUCAACAGACAUGUUCUUCAAGCCUGUACUGUGAACAUUAUUUGGCUUUACGCUUUCAGUUAUACUAUAUUAGUUAUCUUUCAACAGAGUAAUUCAGAACGUAUUAUUUAUUCUAUAUAUUUCGGAUAUUUCCUGGACGGAAACGUGCUUGUUAUUUAAGAGCAGAUAUCUUUAGCUGUGUUGUUGGAUAACACUAGCAGAAGCAUUAUGUCAGCUGCGUACUAGCAAUUCUUCAAAGGGGUCACAUAAAAGAGAGGCAUUUAUUCUAGCAUAGUAUGCCUUUGAUACAAACGGCGCGAUAAACAGCGUUUACUAUGGCAGCGCUACUUUUGCAGCGUGGAAGUAUUUGUUACGGUAAACGCGUUUGGUCGCCGUCGACGCGUUUCAGUUAUUUCAAACUGCUCGAGAACAAUCUGACGUCAAACCAAUUAGUGACUCAAUCCAAACGGGGGCUGAAAUCAGGACACAUUCAGAACAUCUUGAUAAAGCCUCUGAGCCCAAGGCUAAUUGGACUCGGGCUCCAUUGUGGACACAAUCUGGCCACAAAUCAUGUGAGACUGUGGAAACUAUUAGGUGCUAUAAAUUAUUUCAGUACAUCCAACAGAAGAUAUGAAAAGAAAGAUGGUGGGAAAGGGAAAACCCCUGAGGAAGAUGAAGAGGAGAAGAAGAGACGCGAACAAGAGGAUCAGAUGUACAGGGAGCGCCUGCGCACACUCUUUAUUAUCGCGGUCAUCAUGAGCUUGCUCAACUCUAUCAACACCAGCGGUGGGAAUAUAUCCUGGAAUGAUUUUGUAAAUGAAAUGUUGGCCAAAGGGGAGGUGUCGCGAGUGCAGGUGGUUCCAGAGAGUGACAUUGUUGAGAUCUACCUUCACCCUGGUGCAGUCAUCUUCGGCAGACCUAGACUUGCUCUGAUGUACCGCAUGCAGGUGGCCAACAUCGACAAGUUUGAGGAGAAGCUUCGAGCAGCAGAGGAAGAGUUGAGUAUAGAUACCAAAGACCGAAUACCAGUGACCUACAAGCGCACCGGCUUCUUUGGGAAUGCACUGUAUGCACUCGGUAUGGCUGCCAUCGGGGUUGCAAUCCUGUGGUACAUUUUCCGUUUGGCAGGGAUGGGUGGCAGAGAUGGCGGCUUUAGUGCAUUUAAUCAGUUGAAAAUGGCUAAAUUCACUAUUGUCGAUGGGAAGUCUGGGAAAGGUGUCAGCUUCAAAGAUGUUGCAGGAAUGCAUGAGGCCAAGUUGGAAGUGAAGGAGUUUGUAGACUAUCUAAAGAAUCCAGACAGAUACCUUCAGCUUGGGGCAAAAGUACCCAAGGGCUCUCUGCUCCUGGGACCUCCCGGUUGUGGAAAAACUCUGCUGGCGAAGGCGGUGGCAACAGAGGCUAAAGUGCCUUUCCUUGCUAUGGCAGGUUCCGAAUUUGUGGAGGUGAUUGGAGGCCUUGGCGCUGCAAGAGUGCGGAGUCUGUUCAAAGAGGCCCGAGCCCGAGCGCCCUGCAUCGUCUACAUCGAUGAGAUUGAUGCUGUGGGAAAGAAAAGGUCCACCAACAUGUCUGGCUUCUCCAACUCCGAGGAAGAGCAGACCCUCAACCAGUUACUCGUGGAGAUGGAUGGAAUGGGCACCACAGAUCAUGUGAUUGUCCUGGCUUCCACUAAUCGUGCGGAUAUUUUGGACAAUGCCCUUAUGAGACCAGGCAGACUUGAUAGGCACAUAUUCAUAGACCUGCCAACACUUCAGGAGAGAAAGGAGAUCUAUGAGCAACACUUGAAAAUCCUGAAGCUUACUCAACCGGCGGACUUCUACUCCCUGCGUCUGGCCGAGUUGACGCCAGGCUUUAGUGGGGCUGAUAUUGCCAACAUCUGCAAUGAAGCUGCCCUCCAUGCAGCCAGAGAGGGCUACAAGUCCAUUGACACCUUCAACUUUGAAUAUGCUGUGGAGAGAGUCAUCGCAGGUAGUGUAAAGAAGAGUAAAAUCUUAUCUAAAGAGGAGCAGAAAAUCGUGGCCUUCCACGAGUCUGGGCAUGUUUUAGUGGGGUGGCUGCUGGAACACACAGAAGCCGUCAUGAAGGUCUCAAUAGCUCCCAGGACGAAUGCUGCAUUGGGUUUUGCUCAGAUUUUGCCAAAGGAUCAGUAUCUGUUCACUAAAGAGGAGCUGUUUGAGAGGAUGUGCAUGGCUUUGGGUGGUCGAGCGUCUGAGGCCAUCACCUUCAACAAGGUCACCACAGGUGCUCAGGAUGAUCUGCGAAAGGUGACGCGUGUCGCCUACUCUAUGGUGAAGCAGUAUGGCAUGGUAGCGAGUGUGGGCCAGGUGUCCUUCCCAGACUCUGAAGAUCAGGGUGGAAUUGGACGGAGACCCUUCAGUCAAGGCCUCCAACAACAGAUGGACCUUGAAGCUAAGCUGCUGAUAGCGCAAGCCUACAGACUCACAGAGAAAUUGCUCUUGGACAACAGAGACAAACUCAUUCUGCUGGCUAAUACAUUGCUGGAGAGAGAGGUGGUGAACUAUGAUGACAUCGAGGCUCUGCUCGGAUUGCCUCCAUUUGGACCCAAAAAGAUGAUCGCCCCUCAAAGCUGGGUGGAGGCCGAGAGGGACAAGCAAGACACUGGUGAAGACGAGCAAAGACCCCAGAGACCCCGCCACAAAGACAACAAGGAUGAUGACGUCAACCUGAGCCCAGCGUGAGCUCUACAACACACAAACACAAUCCCAGUGUUUGCUGGUCACAUGUAAGUCCAGAGGGUGGAGUCUGGCCUCUGACGAUCAGUCCGAUUAUCAUAAUUGUGCUUUAAGGGUAAAAGCUCUGUUACAGAUCUGACUGGCUGAGACACAGUGGCAAGAUGUGUGCGUAGUUUAUCUUCUAAGCUGAUAAUUUUGGUCCUCAAUUAUAUUGUAGAUGUCUUAAGCACAUAUGAAUAAGAAACUGAAGCAUCUUUUAAGCAUCGUCUGUUUUUCUCAAUACCAAACUUCUCUCUAAAGGAGUAGAUACGGACUGUAGAUAUGGCCAAAUAUAGAUCAGUUUCUGUAUUAAAAAAAAAAAAGUGUUUUUUUUUCUGCUUUUAGAGCUUGUUUAAGUGCAUUUAAUCGAGAUAUUGGUAUUCUUAUCAAGACCAGCUCUUGGAGAUUGUCUGACUAGAUGUGCACUGCGAGAUGAGAUAAUGUACGGAGAACUUGUGCUAUUUAAAUAAAUGUUCAGAAACCUAAAUUAUAUUCUGUAAUAUUAAAUUUAAUUUGAAUGACCAAUUGUUUUUGUUUUUCUUCAGCUGAACGCAAACAAAGAAUCCAUGUUUUCUUAAGCGAAACUAUAGGUGUAGGUGAGAACAGAUCAAUAUUUACAUUUUUUGUUUUUACUCUAAAUCUCCACUUUCACUUACUUUUGUUUUUAAAUUCUCCUCCCUGCCCAGUAGGUGGCGACAUGCACAAAGAAUGCAAAUCGCCAUCUACUGGGCAGAGAGGAGAAUUUAUAGGAAAAAUGGACAUCAAUAUUGAUCUGUUUCUCACCCACGCUUAUUCUAUCGCUUCUGAAGACGUGGAUUUAACUGCUGGAGUCGUGUGGAUUACUUUUAUGUGCUUUUUGGAGCUCUAAAGUUCUGGCCACCAUUGACUUGCAUAGUAUAAACCUAUGGCACCCAUGCCAGCAUUGGCACACAGAGGGGGUAAUCACUGGCAUGCCAGCAACAGCUAGAGAGGAGUAGACUAUUUUAUUUAUAUUAAAUUCCGCACCUGCAUCCCAGUUUGCAUCUUGAUGUAAUCCUUCCUCAUGAUCACGCAGCAUGUUUUCAUCAGCUGAAAGGGAGGCUAAACAAAAAGUUAAAAUGUGAGGAGACUGCAGAAUACCCAAGAGAUUCGUGCAUCACAAGCCGGUUAAUCGCGCAAGUAAACACGCACGCUUUGCUUCGGACAGGAUGUGCGGAUGACCGCCUACAUUCUGUGUUUCAUUAGUUUGUUUUCAGAACAACUCGUGAUGUAAUAAGAAAAACACCACUAUUAACCCUUGAGAUUUCCAACCCAGCAUACAGGUACACCCUCCUUAAACCAUAGUCACACUCAAAAUUACAUGAAACGAUUAAAAGUGAAAACAUCAAACUCUGAGUCUAUUCAAAAUAUAAAUUAAACCUGGAAAUAAAGCUUUAGGAUUUUGCAGGUGUCAUUCACUGAAAAGGGCUAAAAAGUUGCUUUGAUGCAUUUUGACAAAGGUGUGUAUUUUGGGUGGCAUUUUGAUCAACCUCAGUUCCUAUAAUAAAUCAAUAAUACACUGUGUACUCAAUAUAGUUACGCUCAGGACCUUAAGGGCAAAAAUGUCCCCAUUAGUGGCAAUAUUUGAUCCCAGUGCCAUUAAAGCAUAAAAUCAUGAAUUCUGUGAUAUUGUGCUUUUCAUUCUGGAGUCCUGGCUUCAAAAUGUAAUAUUAUUAUUUUCCACCAGAUGGCACCAUUUUCCUCAUGUUUAGCCUAUGGAGCAAAUACAUUAUUUUCUGUUUGCUGAAUUAUAGAGCAAUGCAGGUCAAUUUAAUAAAUGAUGCCAUUACAAGUGUGUGUGUUUGUGUGUGUGUGUGAAAAAACAAGUGGCAUUAUGUAAACAAACUGUCAUAUAAAGGGUUAAAAUCCUGAAAAUGAGUGAGUUAUAAUCAGGACUGAUAUUAGUAAAUAGAAAAGUCAGUGAAACUGGGAAAUAAUAUUAGUAUAUAAUAUUUCUAUGGCAGUUUUUUGACGUGGACAUUUUUGUCGUCGAAGGACCUCUUGAGUAAUUUGUUUUUAUUGACGCACAAGGGUUAAUUGUGUUUAUUCUCCCAUUCAUCUGAUGAAAACGGGCUGCAUGAUCAUGAGGAAGGGUUACAUCAAGAUGUAGAUUGGAAUGCAGGUGCGUGUGUACUAGUAAUUACCCCUCUGUGUGAUUUCGAAAAUGUAUGACAUAUUUAAGAGUCCACACAAUUUCAUGAUCAGUAAUCAAUUAAAUUUGUGACAUUUAGCUGUGACUCACUUUGUACAAAAGGACAGGUUUACUUUCAUUAAAGCACUUUCACACGAUGACCUGUGAAAAUUCACAUGCAGGAUCGUGAUUAUAUCAUAAUUAUAUCUGGUUUUCACUCAAACUGUUAUGCUGAAAACAUCAUGUGUAUGAAAAAUAAACAAUUAAACUAGAAAAUCACAUACAUGCGUGUUUAU